AAAUAAGUCAGCUGUGUAGAUAUCGUGAAAGAACCACGGCUUGAUGAUUCUGGUGCUCUUUAAGGUGACGUAAGAGGCUUGUUGUCGCUGACACCCCCCGUUGGUCAUCGCGUACGUCAUCUCGUUAUUCCACUGCCAAAUGUUCGAGACCCAACCUCUUAGAUCCCCAUCCCCGCACACUUCAACAGACCACCAAAUACCCGGCAGAGCUCUCUAUGAGGAGACGAUGGACGAGCCCCGGCCCACGCCCUCAGUAUCAAGCCUCCGAUCGCCUGGCUCGCCCUCGAUCAUGCGCAGACUAAGUCGCGGCGCGAUGGAAAAAUUCCAAAGCCGGCGCAAGUCAUCGACAGCCUCCACCGGACCAGUCACUCGGCGGUCGUCGUCUUCGUCCGCGCAGCCGCCUGAUGACGACGAUCAGCCGAGCGACGCGCCUCCAGAGGUGCCGAGCAGUCUUGCGAACGGCGUGCCUUUCCUUCGAAUUACGCGACGGAAACGGAUCCAGUACAUGUUUUCGAUCGACGCCGAGAAAGGUACACUGUCUUGGGACUCAAAGACGAAGAAAGGCGAGAUCUCGAUCGACUCAAUCAAAGAAAUUCGCGUCGCGGACGACGCCAGAAAUUACCGUGAGGAGUUUAAAAUCUCAGCCGAGCACGAAAACCUAUGGGUCACCAUUCUAUAUACAACUGAAAAGAAACUGAAGGGUCUCCACAUCAUCGCGCUCUCGAAAGACUCGUUCGAUCAAUUCGUGAGCACACUCCGUCGAUUGCUCAAAUACCGACAAGACGUUAUGAGCAGUUUAUCGAUUCCUGGCGAGCAAUUCGUGCACGUCCAUUGGCCUACUUACAUCACAAAAGAAGAAGGCGAAGAGCGGCUGUCGUAUGAAGGUGUCGAAAAACUCGCUCGCAGACUGCACGUCAACUGCUCGAAAACCUACCUACGCCAAAAGUUCACGGAAGCCGAUGUCGAUCGUUCUGGGUUUCUUGAUUUCGAAGAGUUUAGGAAUUUCGUCAAGAUGCUCAAGCACCGCGCUGAGAUUGUGCAGAUCUUCAAGCGCGUGCGGGAAGUGACUGCUCCACGGGAAGAGGUCGCGGUCGAAGACGAAACUUUGAGUCUCGAGAUGUUUAAGGGCUUUAUAAAGACAGUCCAGAGGCAAUCGAUCGACGAAUCCCUUGCACUAAAGAUAUACUACAAAUUUGUUGACGAGUACCAGCGAUUUACAGUCGACUCGUUUACAGAUUACCUACUGUCGUCGUAUAACGCCGUUCACAAGCCCGUCGAGGGAGAACUAUCACGACCUCUCAACGAGUACUACAUCUCUUCGUCGCACAAUACCUACCUUCUGGGGCGUCAGGUAGUCGGCGAUUCCUCGGUCGAGGCUUACAUUCGAGUCUUGCAACGCGGCUGCCGUUGCGUCGAGCUAGACUGCUGGGACGGUGUUGACGGCCCCGUGAUUUCCCAUGGGCGAACGUUUACGUCUGAGAUUUCGUUUGCGGAUGUGAUCUCAGCUAUCCACAAAUUCGGAUUCAUAUCUUCACCUUACCCUCUAAUUCUCUCUCUGGAGAUACACUGCAGCGCCGAGAAUCAGAUGAAGAUGACGGAGAUCAUGAAAUCCACUUUCGGAGAUAAACUGGUGACCUCACCAGCGGCGCUCAAGCUUCUUAGCUUGCCUAGUCCUGAAGAGCUUAAGCACAAGGUUUUGAUCAAGGUGAAAGCGAGCGAUGAGGAAAAUAGAGAUAUGCUGGGUAACGAGACAUUCACGGCGACGAACGGCACGAGCGAAAGUACAGAGACCAGUCAGAGCGAAGACAACAGUGGAACAGAGGCGACGGGAGGAAACGGGAUAAUUCCCCGACGUCGGAAACCAAAGUCAAGCGGCACGAGCAAGAUCGCAAAGUCACUUGGCGAUCUGGGCGUAUAUGUCAGAGGAGUCAAGUAUCGGAAUUUCUCGCUUCCAGAAUCGCGGACGCUCACGCACUGCUUCUCAUUCGGUGAGCGAUCGUUCAACUCGAUCUGCAAAGAUGAAGAGAGCCUGUCCCAGCUCGAGAAUCACAACAAGCGAUAUCUGAUGCGGGUGUAUCCGUCGGGAUUCAGACUCACGAGCUCAAACUAUGAACCCAUAGUAUGCUGGAAGCGCGGCGUGCAGAUGGCGGCUUUGAACUGGCAAACGUACGAUAUCGGUCUGCAGAUGAACGAUGCUAUGUUUUCGGUCGGCGAUCGGUCGGGGUACGUUCUCAAGCCAGAGAUGCUGCGCACAGUAAAAGGGCAUCACGAAGCCGCCACGAAGCUUCACCGCCGAAAAUUCUUACUCGACGUGAUCUCAGCACAGCAGCUUCCGCGGCCAAAAGAUCUCAAGCCGGAUGACGCAUUUGACCCAUCAGUCGAAGUCGAACUUUUUACAGCUGACGGCCCGGUUCAGCGUAUGAGGACAAGAGUUGUGCGGAACAACGGAUUUAACCCGAUCUGGAACGAGCGCAUGUCGGUCGAUGUCUCUGGCCCGCUGUUUGAGCUUGCAUUUGUGAGGUUUCAGGUAUAUUCCACGGACGGAAGUGUAUUUGCGGUAUUUUGCGGAAGACUGGUUAAUCUCCAACACGGAUACCGACAUGUACCACUUUUUGAUAUGCAGGGCGAGCAAUUUCUAUUCUCGACUCUAUUCGUCAGGAUAUCAGUACGAGAUGAAUAGAUAGACGCACUCUGUACACUCGUUGUUGGCGUUUGUGAAACCGAUUCCCUGUAAAUUUGGCUCGGGCAUGCUAUCUUUGGGUAAUAUAUCUGUAUUGUAGGGUUUAAUAUGAAAAGAGUGUACAUUGCUUUGUUGUUUGCAAAGGCUUCUCAUAAUGGUGUCUUUGAAUGCUGUAAAUGACUUCUCUACAUU